AUGUUAUAUGCUAGCAGUGUAUGGCAAAUCAACAACAACACCCAUAUAAAUAAAUUAAAUGCUAUUCAAAGAAAAGGACUAGCCUUAUGUCUCAACCAACCAACAACAGCUAGUAUAGAAGCCUUAGAAGUAGUAGCAGGAAUACUACCACUGAACCUCAAAAGAGAAGAAACCGGUAUCCGACAAAUUGCAAAAAUAAAAUCAUAUAAAAUCACUUUCCCUAUUAAACAAAUUUUUGAAGAUUGGAAAAAUAUAAAUGAACCUACAAAAAUAAUCUCACCAAUUGGAAGAAUGGUAUUACAGGCUGAAGACAUGAAAAGGUCAACAGAGAUUGAUUCUGACUCUUUCACUGAUGGCUCCUGCAAAGGAAAUCCAGGUCCAUGUGGUGCUGGGGCAGCUAUUUUAAUAUCAAACAGCACAGAACAUGUGGAGUUAACACAGCCAGUUUCCAAUAGAGGAUCUAUUUUAUUAGGGGAAUUAGUAGCUAUCAAGCUAGUAAUAGAUUUUCUUUUAAUUCCAAACAACAGAAAAAACACUGAAUCCAUCCAAAUUUUCUCAGACAGCCAAUCAGCAAUUGGAAUUUUAACUUUAAAUUGGAAAUCAGAUAAUUAUGGCAAAACUAUUCAUGAUAUUAAAAUUGGUAUAUUGGCACUUAAAUCUGAAGGAAUCAUUGUUUCCAUUGAAUGGACCCCUGGACACGCUGACAUACAAGGUAAUGAACUAGCAGACCAACUAGCUAAAAAAGCAGCACAGGAGGCAGAAAAAAUACAAAGCAUUCCAGUAUUUACAAAACAAGAUAUACAAAAAGGAGCAAAAGACAGUGUUAUGGUAAAAUGGCAAAACCGAUGGGACACCAGUGAUAAAGGAAGAAGAUAUUAUGCCUUUCAACAAAAUGUAAAAAAUACACUUCCAAAAGACAAGCCGUCAACUGAAAUAUUUAGAAUAACUACUAGUCUAAGAACAGGAUAUUGCAAUUUAAACUUUUACAAAUCAACAAUAUGCCCAGCACUCAUCGACAAAUGCAGCUGUGGACAAGUAGAAACAGUUGACCAUUACCUACUGGAUUGUGAAAAUUAUGAGGAGGCUAGAGAAAAACUCCGCUCAGCACUCUACUUCAUAACAGCAAAACUAACACUUGAAUCUGAAGUAUUGUUAGCAACAACAGAAAAUGAUAAUUACAAACAUCACUUAGAAGAUAUUCAGCAUUUGUUAGGGGUCUUUAUUAAAGAUACUGGAAGGUUCACAAAAUAG